AUGACAGACAGAGAAAUGGACAUAACCAUAAAGCUGAGGAAUGAGACAACGGUCCAGGAGUUCAUCCUGGAGGGGUUCCCUGCUGUCCAGCACCUGGGGAACGUGCUGUUCCUGGUGCACCUGCUGGCGUACCUGGGCUCUGUCAUGGGAAACAUGCUCAUAAUCACCAUCACCUGGGCUGACCAUCGCCUCCAGACACCAAUGUAUAUUUUACUCAGCAGUUUCUCCUUCUGUGAGUUUGGUUUUAUCACCACAGUUAUUCCUAAACUGCUGGUCAUCUUUCUUCUAGGAAGGCAAACAAUUCCCUUUGCUGACUGUCUCACACAGGCCUAUUCUUUUUUAUUACUUGGGGCAACAAUUUUCUUCCUCAUGGCUGCCAUGUCCUUGGAUCGCUACCUGGCCAUUUGCAAACCUCUGCACUACCCAACCAUGAUGAAUCUCAGGGUUUGUUUCCUUCUGGUUUUCUUCUGCUAUGUUUUGUCCUUCAUCGUCAUCACUGGUCUGGUCGUCACGGUCUCCCAGCUGUCCUUCUGUGGCCCCAAUGUCAUCCCACAUUUCUUCUGUGAUAUUGGCUCCUUAAUUCAUCUCUCCUGUUCUGACACCAGAUCUGCUGAGAUGUUGGCCUUUGGCCUCAUUUCCUUCAUUUUGUUUUCAUCCCUUGUUGUAACCAUCAUUGCAUAUAGCAACGUAAUAGUCACAAUCAUGCGUCUCCCCUCAGCCAAGGAGCGGCAGAAAGCUUUCUCUACCUGCUCCUCCCACCUCAUUGUCCUCUCUCUGAUGUAUGGCAGCUGUGUCUUUAUAUAUGUGAAACCGAACCAAAGGGACAGGCUGGACUCCAACAAAGAGGCUGCUCUUGUGAACACGGUGGUGACCCCGCUGUUGAACCCGGUCAUCUACACUCUGCGGAACAAGCAGGUUCACCAGGCUCUGAGGGAUGCUCUGUCCAGGGUGAAAUUGCACAAAUAG